AUGCGAGGGCCGUCCCCAUUCCGGCGCCAUAACUCGACUCCAGUGGCGUCCUUCGUCCUCUCUGCGUACUCUCACCCUGGCUCUCUGCGCUGGCUCUUCUUCUGUGUUCUGCUAACGCUCUAUGCUCUCAUAGUGUUCUCCAACCUUCUCCUUAUCCUCGUCAUCGCUCUGAACCGCAGCCUCCAUGAGCCCAUGUACGUGUUCCUCUGCAGCUUGUUUCUAAACGAACUCUACGGCAGUGCAGUGCUCUUCCCCUUCCUCCUGGUCCACAUCCUACAGGACACGCACAUUGUUCCCGCUCCCUUUUGCUUUUUCCAGAUUUACGUCAUACACGGAUACGCGACGGUGGAGUUCUUCACGUUAGCUAGCAUGUCGUACGACCGCUACGUGGCCAUUUGCCAUCCACUUCACUAUAAAUCUCUCAUGAGCCGGAAAAAGAUAGCCGCCCUCGUUUUGUUUCCGUGGAUGUAUGCUUUGUUAAGAAGUGGUGUAUUGAUCAGUCUGAGCUCAUCUUUGGAACUUUGCGGUAACGUGAUUGACAAAGUUUACUGUGAUAAUUACCCCAUAGUGAGACAGGCCUGUUACGACACCUCCAUCAUAAACAUAUACGGCAUCGUGGGGACGUUUAAUGUGAUCGUUUUCCCAUUCGUCACCAUUUUGUACACGUACGGCCGCAUACUCCGAGUGUGUCGCAGCGCCCCAGGGCAGACGUGGCACCGAGCCGUUCACACCUGUGGGCCUCACCUGGCCUCACUGCUAAAUUUCACUGUGGCCUCAUUCUUUGAGGUCCUUCAGGGACGGUUUAACAUGAGCUACCUCCCAAAUGCCCUACGCAUCCUCCUGUCGCUCUACUUCCUCCUGUGUCAGCCGCUCUUCAACCCGUUAAUCUACGGGUUAGUUUUGACCAAAAUACGACUCGUCUGUAAACACUUACUCUUCAGAUAUGUACAGAAAGGCCUGCGGUUGAGCUCUAAGUAG